AUGGUGGCAGGCCAAUCGUACAAGAAGAGGCUUCCUCCCUCUGCUAUCCCAGCUAUCAACAAAUUAGCGGUGCUGAAGCCCAAGGAUAAACUAUCUCGAAUCACGGGGAAAACGCUAACUGUAGAAUCACCUAUCAGGACGUAUGGACAGUCUGAAGUCCUUGUUGAAGCAGGCGUUGCUGUAGGCACUAUGCCUCUCACCGUCCCAGGACGGAUGCUUUUGUCACUGCCCGUUGAAUAUGCCAACGCAGUAGUGACCCCUCGAGAUGGCACUUGGAACGUUUUGGACAAGAAGUUUCGCACGGCAAUGGAGAUGCCAAGAUGGGCGGUGGCUUGCUUUGCCCCAUCAAUGUCGAUGGAUGACAUCGUGAGGACUAUGCGUGAGUUGGCCCAGUGCUGCGCCAAACUAGGAAUGGUUUUCGGACAUCCCGACCCCCAAAGAAGCUUUGUACAAGGAAGCGGACAAAAUGUUCGAAGAAAACUUUACGAUAUCUGUGGCGAAAACAACAAAAACUCGGUUGACAUGAUUUUCGUCAUCCUUCCCGGAAAUGCAGCAGACAUACGACGCGAGGUCAAAUAUUUGGGCGAUGUGGAACUUGGAGUGCGCACUCAGUGCUUGCUGGUCGACAAACUGCCUCGACCAGGCGACCGCAAUGCCUCUCAGUAUUAUAAUAACGUUGCCUUGAAGCUGAACACGCGACUGGGUGGCUGCAAUGCUACGGUUGGGGGACCUAUUCUCACCGGUCUCAAGAGCGAUCCAUUUAUGAUCGUGGGCGCGGACGUCUCGCACCCGUCACCGGGCUCGUCGCGACCGUCUGUGGCCAGCCUGUUGUGGUCGCACAACAAGUAUGCGACAGCCUAUGGUUGCAUCCGGCGUUUGCAGCCUUCUCGACAAGAGAUCAUCCAAGAUCUAGAGGCAAUGUUUGUGCACGCUCUCGACAGUUUUUUGCAAGGAAAUGCUCUCAAGAGGGAAAACGGCCACAUCUACCUCCCUCCCAAGCGUAUAUUCUUCUACCGCGAUGGUGUGUCGGAAGGCCAGUUUGCGAUCGUCAAAGACUUCGAGAUUGCCGCAGUUAAAGCUGCCAUCGCACAAGUUUGGAACCAGAGAGGAUUUAAUGGACGCCCAUUCCCUCUCUUGACAUUUCUCAUUGUCGGCAAAAGGCAUCACGUGACGUUCUUUCCAGAUGGACACUAUGAAAUAGUUGAGGAUAGGAAAACUGGGAACUGCAAGCCUGGUCUGGUGGUCGACGAUGCCCUCGCGAAUCCUCAAUAUAAGGACUUUUAUUUGCUGUCGCACGCCGCUAUACUAGGAACAUCUCGAUGCGCUCAUUACACUGUCUUACUUGACGAAAACUUCCAAGAGGACGUGGCAAAGCUGGAAGAGUUGUCUUAUGCGCUCUGUCAUGCAUAUGCUAGAGCGACGCGGUCGGUUUCCAUUCCUGCGCCAGUGUACUAUGCCGAUCUUGCUUGUGACCAUGCCAAGUUCCAUAUGGAUCCCAAUGCGAUGUUUGACCUCGAGAGCGAUGCUUCGAGCACGACGGGAAGUGUGGCUGAUGCGAGCUUGGAAGAGUGGAACAAGGCAUUCCAUGAUGUUCAUAAGAAUUUGGCGCAUACGAUGUACUUUUUGUAG